AUGACGACAGUUGGAAGUUUGGAACCGUUUGAUUUGGGACAGCCAAAUAAAUGGGGCUCAUAUUUGGAGCGAUUUAAAUUGUUCCUGCUUGCCAAUGAUGUCAACGACGAGGGUCGCAAAAAGCAUCUUUCCUCACAUUGCGCCCUCAACAACCACAUAAAGGAAAAGGACAACAAUGUGCGGGUUGUGCCGGUGCACACGGCCGGCAGCAAUGCCCUUAUCGUGAAGCAAUAUGUCACGGCUGUGGCCGGAAGGGCCAUCUUAAGCGUGUCUGCCGGAGUAAUGACUCGUCGAACGAUGUUCAUCCACCUGAAGAAACGUAUCACGGUACAGAUUAAUGGAAAAUCGUGUACUUUUGAAGUGGAUUCUGGAUCUGACGUAACUAUGAUGACGUUGCGGACUUAUGAUCGUAUCUGGCCAACAAACAAGCCUAAAGUUUACAACUACGAUCCGGGGUUUAGUGACUACCAACACAACCCAAUCCAGAUACUAAUCAUCGUCACUAAAAGCGGUUGUAGCGACCUUCUGGGUUGUAACUGGUUCGACCCACUAGGCAUCAGUAUCAAGGGCAUACAUUCAGUGGGCAGUGACGUACAGAUCGCAGGCGUUCUGAAUAAGUUCGAACACUUAUUCUCAACAGAACUUGGUUGUUACACUGGUCCGCCAGUCAUAUUAAACAUUGAUGCUACAGUGCCACCAGUGCGACUACCUCCACGCCGAAUUCCAUAUGCUCUAAAGGGACUAGUCGAAGAGGAGCUGGAUCGCCAAUGCAAGCAAGGGAUUCUUAAACCUGUGGAGUAUUCAGAUUGGGCCACUCCUAUUGUACCAGUUAUCAAGAAGGACGGUUCAAUUCGUAUUUGCGGCGACUAUAAAUCAACUUUAAACAAAGCGGUUAAGCCGCACUGCCAUCAAAUACCGGCGAUCAACACUUUGCUGGCAUCUAUGGAAGCUGAGCGAAAUUAUGCUCAGAUUGAUCGAGAAGCUAUUGCUUUGGUAGCAGGAGUAAAGAAGUUCCACAACUACGUCUACGGUCGUACUUUCACACUAAUCACCGAUCAUCGACCUCUGUUGGGUAUUUUUACCACAUCGAAAGCAAUCCCAAACAUUAUUUCAAAUCAGAUGCUACGUCGAUCUUUGUUCCUGUCAGCAUAUACUUUCGAGCUAGUACACCGCUCCGGAUUAAAAAUGGGCAAUGCGGAUUUUCUAAGUCGUUGUCCACUGUCAGCAGCAUCGGACGCUGUUAGCACCGACGAUGUGCUAAUGAUCGAAUUAGCAGCAACGCCAAUCAUAAGUGCUGAGGCGAUGGCCGCUCAAACAUCGAAGGACCCCUUAUUGGCGAAA